CCAUCGAUUUAACCGUUGCAUUUACCUGCCACGUGUCAAAGUUAUAAUCUCUUCGAAAUGUCCCUCUUCGAUCGAGCGAAAAUUCUUCGUCCUCUCAUUGGAAUCCCUUUUUACAUCCAGUGAAGUUCGAUAGGAAUCUCUCGACUGUAUUUUUCUUUUUUGUUUUUUUUUACUUUUUCCUUAGCGUAACGACUUUCCAGUGAAACCGAAUCGAAACGAGUCAUUUUCGCUCUUCGCUGAAAUCUAAAUAUCAGGAUCGACUAAUCCCAUCUCGCUUCGUGUCCUUCUCGUGAGUAGACUCGCGAAUUGACUGUGCUCGCGAGUUUUAUUUUAUUCCUUGGAAACAACGCCAGUUUGAAACUGCAUCGUCGUUCUUUCUUGCUUUGGGGAAAAAGCGUUCUCGUUGCCUGUUGGUUUGAUCGAAAUUAACGCAAUUAUAUAAGUACACAGUGGAGUAACUUUAAUUGGAAGCUAACUGGAUAGGAAUGCUGAGUUAUGCUGGACGCGCGGUUCAAUCACGUUACGAUGGGACUCUAUUACGCGAAGAUUAUACAAAUUUUUACGUAAUGAUAACGACUGGACUUAAUGGGGAACGCGAUUAGAUGGCCUUCGUGCAUCUGCCUCAGACGUUAUUCAACCUUCUUUCCUGCUUGCUUUCUUACUCGCGAUACUCGCAUAGAAAAUUCAUUAAAUUACAUCAUCUACGUUGCCGGCAGUAAAACCGGUCAUUUUGAAGUAUCCGUUUCUCCUCUUCCUUGGCAAUGGCUCGCUCAUUUUCUCAGAAUCGUUCGUUCUUCAACGAGAAAUUACGCGGUCCACGAAUAAGAAAGGAUAACGUUUUCUUUCUGUUUCACGAGUUAUCAAAAUAUCUCUUUAAUCGUGAUCGAGUGAAAGUUGCUUAACAGAAUUAAUAGAAAGUUUUUCGGUACACCGACUUGUAAAAAGUAGUAACAUUCUCUUUUAUUAAAGCAACCAAUCGCAUUCACUCUGCUUAGCUAAAGGAACAUCUCGCUAAUCGUAAUCUCUACAUCGAGGCAACAUCGUUAAAAACGUUACAUCAUCUUUUACAUUGCUUCUCCUUCGUACGUAAUAAUCUGCAAAGUACAUAUCUUCCAAAUUUCAUUUUCUUUCUCAUUUUCCAGGCGAAGAAAAGAAAAAAAAAAAAAAAGAAAUUCGGGGAUCGAGCGUAUUUGCUUAGCUAGCCACGCGAGCAAAAGUCAAACAGCUCCGACUUUCAUCCUCAGCCGAACGAUUAUUCCUUUCGCUCUUUUUCUCCACGAGGUUCACUUUCUCCGUGCUGACAUCAGAAUUUCGUCGCUGGCUAUCGAUUCACCGUCAUCCUCAGCCGCUUGAAAAUUCAUCCUCGUAAUCGACCAAUCCUGCCCUCCGCCUCUUCUUAAUCCCCGUUUCAUCCGACGUUCUCGAUCGAUCAUCCUUCGAUAUUCGUUUUGUUUCGUCUACUCCCAAUAAUCGUUUUGCCUGAUUUUUAUAAUUUCAUACGCGCAUGGUCAAAACGAAACACGACUGCGAUACAUCAGAGGUCUAAGCAACUAGGUGGUUGCUUCUCAGACUUUCUGAGUCGAAUGAUCCUGCAAAGAAUGCAGUCACCUGCUGUUAUCGUUGCAUAACAAUUCGGGUAGACGAUGCGCGCGUCAACGAGUGCGGACUUGCCGAUGAUGCUGACCACCUACGGUCUACGAUUUCUCGUCGUCGUCUUCACGAUCGCGGCUGCGGCCACCUUUUUGCACGUGAACAAUUAUAGGCCCAAACAAAUAUUCCUCUCCUGCGAUAGACCAUGCCACCAUUUGGAUUGGCCAAUGAUUUGUCGAUUGAAGCUCACUCUCGAAGUGUUCCAGUCGCUUAGCAAAUCGUGCGGCGAUUGUCCACAGAACGAAACAGCAUGUUUGUCCGAUCACUGCGUCUCGGCGGAUGGACAGAGACGCGGGAUCCUCACGGCGAAUCGUCAGCUGCCUGGUCCCAUUAUUCAGGUUUGCGAGAACGAUAUCUUGGUAGUGGACGUGAUUAAUCGGAUUCCGGGUAAAACUGCGGCGAUGCACUGGCGUGGCCAAACGCAGAUUGAGACGCCGCAUAUGGACGGCGCGCCUCUGGUCACUCAGUGCCCGAUACCGAGCUACACCACCUUCCAAUAUAAAUUUCGCGCUUCUUCCGCUGGAACUCAUCUAUGGCAUGCUCACGCUGGUGCCGACGUUACUAAUGGCAUAUUUGGCGCGUUGAUCGUGAAGCAAGCCGAUAUCAAAGAUCCUCAUCGCGCUCUUUACGAUAUCGACGAUUCGGAUCACGUGGUUCUCGUGAGCCAGUGGCAACAUUCCACCGAAAUCACGUUCACCGACGGCCACGCGAAACCAGCGAUCCUUUUGGUGAAUGGCAGGGGACGGCAGCCAAAUGGGCCGAACGUCCCUUUGACCAGGUUCACAGUUAUCCCGGGACGACGUCACAGAUUCCGCGUUGCGAACGCUGGUGGUGCUGGAUCCUGUCCAAUAACGAUCUCCGUCGAUGCUCAUCCCCUUCUCCUGAUCGCUCUCGAUGGCCAGCCAGUGGAACCACGACAAAUUGCAUCGAUUACUUUGGCGAAAGGUGAGAGAGCAGAUUUUGUCCUGAAGGCGAACAAGCGAGUUGCUUCCUACUGGAUGAACGUGUACACGUCGAAAGAAUGUGCGAUCAGUCCCAUAAGUGGUGCCGCGAUCUUAGAAUACAAGGGAAGUUCAACGAAGGAUCCGUUGCCCGUGACGGAAGCUACUGAACAGUCGGAAGUCGAGGAAGUUCGAGUGGCGAUGACGACGAACCCCGCGGCAAAGUGUGAAAAUCCAGAGAGUCUGUGCGUGACGGAAUUGCAUGCAUUGCGGAAGAUACCAGCUGCUCUAGGGAAACCGAAAACCGACGUCACCAUCCGUUUGCCUAUCAAUUACAAGCUGCAGACGAACGACAUCGUUGGAAACAGCGGCGUGGAGAUGAGAGUUCUGAACGUGAACAACGCGACGUUCACGUACCCGUCGUCACCGCUGUUGACACAGGGCGCCGACGUCUCCGAGGAGACUAUGUGCUCUUCCACCCCCGACGAGGACGACGCUCGUGUCGAGAACAACGAAACUGCGUCGUUGUCGUCGCGACGCUGCCGCCGUAGCGACGCUACCGCUUCAGACGUUUGCGAGUGUGUUCAUGUGAGGUAUAUACCGCUCGGGGCGACCGUCGAGAUCAUUCUCCUCGAUCAAGGCGGUCUCGACGACUUGGUCUACCACUUGCACGGAUACACUUUCUACGUAGUGGGUGCAAGAAAGUUCGGUCGCAGCGUGUCUUUGCACGAGUUAAAAAGCUUGGACGACAGAGGUCAACUGUUUUCUCGCAAUCUCGACUGCACCGUGGCGAAAGAUACCGUAGUUGUUCCGAAAUUCGGGGCAGUUGCCCUCAGGUUUAAAGCGGAUAAUCCAGGCUACUGGAUAUUACGAGACGAGCAUGCAGCUGAAUGGACGCGUGGGUUGGACGUGAUCCUUCAGGUUGGACAGACGAGUGAUAUGGUACCCGCUCCGGAAGAUUUCCCUAAAUGUGGAUCCUUCGUUGGACCGGAUUACUUCCUUAUAUAGACUGUUAGUUGCCCUAGGAAUCGCGUACGCCGUGUACAUAGUUGUAAAUAAAGGCGGCCAGACUGAAACUUACAUACCUUGGCAAGGAUUUUGUAUUGUAUUAUUCGCAUUUUUCUUUCGUUGUAAGUUAAAGGUUAAUUAAGAGGAACGUGGCUUUAUCAUUGUAUAAAUAUCGGAGAACUUUUCUAUGUAUCAUGUACUUUUGCAUAAACAUUAGUCAAUAAAUAUUAUUUCGAAUUUUGUA